AUGCUUCGACGGCCUCUUCAGAGUCGGCUUUCUUUCGCCCUGACGCAUCGUGACUUUAUCCGAUGUCGGCCGCAUCUAUCCACCAGCCACACGCGCCGAUUAUCCACCGGCUCGACGAGGUUCCCAACAUUUUCUCAGUUUAAUCGGUCCGACUUCACAAACCAACCGUAUAGCGGGAGCUAUGAGCCUGGCUUACCAACAACUGGGCCGUUGGCCUCCACUCCAGCUUUUGGCGCACCUCGGAUUACACCGAAAGUACUGAAGCAGUACCUUGAUCAGUUUGUGGUGGGGCAAGAUCGUGCGAAGAAAGUAUUAAGUGUGGCGGUUUACAAUCAUUACCAACGGGUACAAGAGAUAGCACGGCGAGAGGAAGAAGCAGAAGAGCUACAGUCCAAGCGGCAAAGGAGAGAGGCCAUGGAGAGCCACCCCUUAGAAGAUGAGUUUCCAGGACAAAAGCAAACCGUCGUUACUUCAUCCACGCCGAAAUCCCAACAGAACACGCCGUUAGAUCAGAAUGCGCUGGUCGAUAAUUCACCACUUCAACUGGAGAAGUCCAAUAUUCUUCUCCUUGGACCCUCCGGCGUUGGAAAGACACUCAUGGCAAAAACGCUGGCUCGGGUUUUAUCGGUACCAUUCAGUAUUUCAGACUGCACCCCAUUCACGCAAGCUGGUUACAUUGGAGAAGAUGCCGAGACUUGCGUACACCGACUCCUUGCUGCUGCCAACUACGACGUCGAACAGGCAGAGCGUGGCAUUAUUGUUCUCGACGAGGUUGACAAAAUCGCAGCCGUCAAAGUCAGCCACGGGAAAGAUGUCGGCGGCGAGGGAGUUCAGCAAGCACUUCUGAAGAUUAUCGAAGGAACUACAGUACAAGUGCAAGCUAAACCGGAAAAGAACCCACGAUCGACCAGUCCUCCCAACACAUACCCAUCUAAUAGCCCAUUGGGAAACACUCCAUUCCAGCCACACAAUGGCAACCCCCCCGGAAAGGGUGAAGUGUAUAAUGUGCGCACAGAUAACAUUCUUUUCAUAUUUUCGGGUGCCUUUGUCGGUCUGCACAAACUGGUUAUGGACCGAAUUUCCCGUGGAUCAAUGGGAUUUGGACAGCCAGUCCGUUCACACGAUGGAUCGGGGCCUUCAGACUCCGCUACUCCAGAACCCCAGCCUAUUCUCCCAGGGUCUGAAGAGGAAGCUUUAUACAAGAAGCAUCUCCCUUUUUUCACCUCUGCAUCCCCGAACGCACCUGGUAACGAGCCGACGUAUUUCAACGCACUUGAUCUCUUAACACCGGCAGAUCUACAAACUUACGGCUUUAUCCCGGAGUUGAUUGGCCGAAUUCCAGUUACCGCCGCCCUCUCAACGCUUACCCAGCCCUUGCUUCUGCGCAUCCUUACAGAACCCCGCAAUUCCCUACUGGCUCAGUACACAACCCUUUUCUCUCUAUCUGGAAUCGAGUUGCGUUUUACCACACCUGCAUUACACACAAUCGCCACAAAUGCCUUCAAGAUGGGCACAGGGGCCCGUGCACUUCGCACGGAAAUGGAAACUAUUCUCAGCGAUGCGAUGUUCGAGGUACCAGGAUCCAGUGUCAAAUUUGUUCUUGUCACUGAAGCUGUUGCCAACCGUGAAGAGCAACCCGUCUACCUUGCCCGUGGGCAGGGAGGUAAAUUUCACGCUAUGAUUUCCGCGGAAGAAAGUCAGUGGGAAGAGAAGACCAGGCUGGAGAAAAAGGGAAAGGACAGACAUGACACAGAGGCAGAUUCCACACAAGCUUCGCAGCAGACCUCAAGUUUUCAGGAAUAUCGCAAGCGUGCGGUUGGAUAA